CAAGCAUCUUCUUCGUCGAGAAAAAUUAACACCGGAGUGCCAAUCCAUGGCGGCCUACGGGAGUCUGCAACACAUCUUCGAUAAUACGUUGCCGGAAAACCCAACAUUGCUUGAAUCCCUUUCCGCAUGGAACCCAAUCAAGUCUGUGAAAAACCCUGUUGAUCCACAACCGUCUUUGACUGAAAUCUUCGGUGAACUCUAUUUCAAGGAAGACCCUCUAACACCCUCGUACAGCUACGGUGAUUGUCAUAAGAGGAGUGAGGGUCUUUCAGUGAUGAACUCGGAGAGCUUGCAGCUGUGCACCGAAGGACUAGGGGUGGAGAGCUCCGACGACAUUGUGGAGGAUUUAAGGGAAGAGCGGCGGAGCCCAGAGGAGAGACUGAACGCUAAAUGUUCGAAGAAUAUGGAGACGGGACGGAGCUUGUUGUGUGGGGAAUUCAGGAGGUCGAGAACAAGUGGCGGAGGAACGUUUCCGCCGCCGAUAUCUUGUAUAGGGGAGAGCGGGAAGCCUUGGUUUUGGUUCAAACCGCAUAGGAAAGAUGGACGGCUUGUGCUGAGGGAGGUGAGAAUUCCAACUCGGGAAUUCUUGCAUUCUUGGAGGGAAGAUGGGCGGUUGAAGAUGCAUUUCGUGCACCCAAAUGAUGAAAUCUUGGAAGAGGAAGAUGAAGAAGGAAUGGAGGAUAUGGAAGAAUUUGAUGGAGAUGAAGAAGGGAACCCACAAUUGGUUUAGAUUUAGAAGCAGAUAUGUUUUUCAUGGCAAAAAUGUAUUUCCGAUGUUUCUGUCUUUCAGUCUUCUUCCAAGAACGCUGGAAUUCCAGAUGGAGUAGAGAACAGAGUUCUAUCUGGCAGAAUGAUAAAAUGAUUUUGCGUUU